AUGGACGCGGCGCUGAAGCGGAGCCUCUCGGAGGAGCCGGCUGAGCUCCCGGCGCCCGCCCGGGACUUGGAGGAGGAGGAGGAGGACGAGGAGGAAGAGGGGAUGGAGCACGAGCUGGAGGAAGAAGAGGAGGUGGACCCCCGGAUCCAGGGAGAAUUGGAGAAGUUAAAUCAAUCCACGGAUGACAUCAACCGACGGGAGACCGAACUUGAGGAUGCUCGGCAGAAGUUCCGCUCUGUGCUGGUGGAAGCCACGGUGAAACUGGACGAGCUGCUGAAGAAGAUCGGCAAAGCCGUGGAAGACUCCAAGCCCUACUGGGAGGCGCGGAGGGUGGCCCGGCAGGCUCAGCUGGAGGCGCAGAAGGCCACGCAGGACUUCCAGAGGGCCACCGAGGUGCUGCGCGCUGCCAAGGAGACCAUCUCCCUGGCCGAGCAGCGGCUGCUCGAGGACGACAAGCGGCAGUUCGACUCGGCCUGGCAGGAGAUGCUGAAUCACGCCACCCAGAGGGUCAUGGAGGCAGAGCACACCAAGACAAGGAGCGAGCUGGUGCACAAGGAGACGGCAGCCAGGUACAACGCGGCCAUGGGCCGCAUGCGGCAGCUGGAGAAGAAGCUCAAGAGAGCCAUCAACAAAUCCAAGCCUUAUUUUGAACUCAAGGCAAAGUACUACAUGCAGCUCGAGCAACUGAAGAAGACCGUGGACGACCUGCAGGCCAAACUGGCCCUGGCAAAAGGCGAGUACAAGACGGCCCUGAAGAACCUGGAGAUGAUCUCGGACGAGAUACACGAGCGGCGGCGCUCCAGCGCCAUGGGGCCUCGGGGCUGCGGCGUGGGGGCCGAGGGCAGCAGCACCUCCGCAGAGGACCUGUCAGAGCGCAAACCCGAGCCAGAUGCUGUUUCCGUGGCCUCCGAGGCCUUUGAAGAUGACAACUGCAGCAACUUUGUGUCUGAAGAUGACUCGGAGACCCAGUCUGUGUCCAGCUUUAGUUCGGGACCAACGAGCCCAUCUGGGAUGGCUGACCAGUUUUCUGCAGUUGUGAGGCCCGGCAGCCUGGAUCUGCCCAGCCCCGUGUCCCUGUCAGAGUUUGGGGUGAUGUUCCCUGUGCUAGGCCCUCGCAGUGAAUGCAGUGGGGCCUCCUCCCCGGAGUGUGAGGUGGAACGAGGAGACAGAGCAGAAGGGGCAGAGAAUAAAACAAGUGACAAAGCCAACAACAAUCGGAGUCUUAGCAACAGCAGCAGUGAUGGUGGCAAGAACCAGAGCAGCACCCCCCCUGAGGGCCAGGCCUUGGCCAACAGGAUGAAGCAGCUCUCCCUCCAGUGCGCAAAGGGUCGAGACGGGAUUAUGGCUGACAGAAAAAUGGUGCAGAUCGGCUGA